GAGAGUGUGUGUGAGAGAGAGAGAGAGAGAGAGAGAGAGAGAGAGAGACUUGCUCCUGCGCACAGCUCUCAGUGGAAGUUGAACUCGAAGCUAGUUCGGAAUAUUGUAUAUAUUUCCCUUCCCUGCGCCUGCAGUGAGCCCCAGAAGAGCUCGUGCACCCGAAGAUAACACCACAGCACACACCGCGGUUCAGAUAAAUCGGAAAAUAUAACCUACUUUUUGUCUUCUGUCUGGGGGCCUCACGCAGCCAUGCCAUUUGGCUGUUUAAUUUUCGGAGAGAAGAAGGAUUAUAACAGUCCUGGUGAGGUCACUGACAAAUAUGACCUGGGGCAGAUGGUCAGAUCGGAGGAGUUUUGUGAGAUUUUUCGGGCAAAAGAGAAGAACACACAGAAAAUGUACACCUGCAAGAAAUUCCUGAAGAAAGACGGGAGGAAAGUGCGAAAGGCUGCAAAGAAUGAGAUACUUAUCUUGAAAAUGGUGAAGCAUCAUAACAUCCUCCAGCUGGUUGAUGUCUUUGAGACAAGAAAAGAGUACUUCCUCUUCCUGGAACUGGCCACAGGCAGGGAGGUGUUUGACUGGAUCUUAGACCAGGGCUACUACUCCGAACGUGACACUAGCAAUGUUAUCAGACAAGUGCUUGAGGCUGUGGCUUAUCUUCACUCUCUCCGCAUUGUGCACAGGAACCUGAAGUUGGAAAAUCUUGUUUACUACAAUCGUCUGAAGCACUCUAAAAUCGUCAUAAGCGAUUUUCAUCUGGCCAAACUGGAGAACGGACUUAUUAAAGAGCCUUGUGGCACUCCUGAAUACCUUGCUCCAGAGGUAGUCGGCAGACAGCGGUAUGGCAGACCAGUGGACUGCUGGGCCAUCGGCGUGGUCAUGUACAUCCUACUGUCAGGAAACCCUCCUUUUUAUGAUGAGGCAGAUGAUGAUGACGAUGACAGUCAUGAUAAAAACAUGUUCCGGAAAAUUCUGUCGGGAGACUAUGAGUUUGACUCACCCUACUGGGAUGAUAUCUCAGAUUCUGCUAAAAGUCUAGUUGCAUCUUUAAUGGAAGUGGAUCAGGACCAAAGACUGACUGCACAGGAGGCAAUCAGCCAUGAGUGGAUAUCUGGGAAUGCAGCUUCUGACAAGAAUAUUAAAGACGGUGUGUGCGCUCAGAUUGAAAAGAACUUUGCUAAAGCAAAGUGGAAGAAAGCAGUCCGUGUGACCACCUUAAUGAAGAGGCUCCGAGCUCCAGAUCAGAGUGAUUCUGGGGCCUCGAGUCCAGCUUUAGGAGCAGCGGCAGGAUCGGUGACUCCGAGCAGCACACCGGUUGCCUUGGCUGCAACCCCUGAACCUCCCAGCAGCACCCUUGAGCUUCAGGAAAUAAGAGCAGGAGAGGCUCCAGCACGAUGUAAUGGAGAGCUUCGUGUGGAGACCAGAGAAGAGCAGAAUGGCUAACAUGGAUGUACACAAAGGCAAGCACACUCAUUUUAGAAAAGAAAACAUACUGAAAAUCGCCGUUCAAGUGAAACUAACUUGUCGAGAGCCAUUUACUCAUACUCAUUUCGUUUGCAUAGCCUUCCCUGUUUGUACGUUUCGGAAUUGUCCAAAUCUGCUUAUAAACAGUUUAGAGUAACAUAAAAUGACAAAGACAUUAUAAUAAUAAUGGCGCAUUAGUUCACGUUCACAUGUCUUAAGGACAGUCAAAAAAAAUUUUAGAUUCACAGUUUGUAAAUAAAUUUGAAUAUUCUAAGCAAAAUUGCAUUUUGCUUCCUGUUUAUGUAAUAAAUUAUUCAUUUAUUAGGCUACUUUGCCCCUACAACCAUCUAAAUGAUGGUAGUGGGGCAAAGUAGCCAAAUAAAUGAAUAAAUGAAACAACUAAUAAAUGAAACAUGGAAAGGAAAAUUAUGCCUUUUACAUGCCUAACUGCAUAAUAUUUACCUAUCACAAUGUUAGUAUGUUGCCGCAGAAUGGAAUUUCCCAUGAAAUUAAUGUAAGAUUUGUGCGUCUGACCGGAAAGUCCCCAUGAAAUCGAAAUGGAAGUUUUGUGGCUUUUAGUAUGAAUAUGUUAGCCUUAAGGUUAUCUGUAAGCUAGUGUGCGUCGAAACAAUGACAACGUUCGCAUUUAUAAGAUAUACGCAUUCAGAAUUGACAGUCUCUCUCUACCACCGAUACGGAUCGACCGUUUUCAUGACAUCGUUCUGCACUUCAGCUUCUAAUCCGAUUUUCUGCCCAGUCGAAUGCUCUGUAGAAUCUGAAGUGUCCCGUUCCCAACAGUUGUAUAGUUUCCUGGCUUUGAGUUAAGCUAUAUAUUAUUGGCUAUUUACAGCCACUCGAUAUGUCCCACCCUCACUUCCUGUUCAGUGGACAUUACAUCAACACUUUGAAUAAUGCUGCACGAUUCAAGGCACUUCACAGAGACUUUAAGUUCUAUUUUUUCCUUUGAAAGUUAACCCUUACUGCGGUAUACCUUUCCUGCCAUUUGAGAAUAAAUCACCUUUUACUGUGUAGUGACUCAAAACACAAUCAUAUAGCAUUCUUGCUGAUGUUUCAAACGCAAAACUGCUAUAGAAAUAAUAACAGAGGUUACAGUGACUUGUGGUAAUGACUCUAAUUUAAUGAUUUGAUGUCUUUUAUGCGUAAAUUAUGAAAAAAUCCUUAAUACUACGCUGUUAAGUGUCAGUAUUCGGUGUUAUUUCUUGCUGUACAAAUGCCUUUUACUCUGUUCAUCACGUGUUGAUGCCUUUCUCUGUCUUCGUGGCAUUUACAUUUAUUGGGUCUCAUUUGUCAGAUUGGAUCUGAAUCAGUUUUUUCUUAAAUCAUUCACAAGAGCACUUAGACAAGAAAUGUGUUAUUCGUGAAAAUCCAGUUAGUUCGUAAAAAAAAAAGGUCCCUAUCCUACGAGUGCUCCCGAGUUCGUGUGAAUCGGUGCCUAUAAAGAGACUUAGUAAUGUAAACCCAGAUUGUUCAGUUUCAAGUAAUACAAUUAGCAUGAGUUUUAUAUAUGGAUUACACUCGCUUUUUACUUCAAUUGCACUGAAACUCAGUGAUUUCAUAUUAAAGACAAGAAAGGAAGAAUCCAAAACAUAUCCAGAAAUGAAGACAAAUAAACUUAGCUAUUGAAUUUGGACAAAUGAAAUGGCACCCUAGAAAAGGAGGCGGAGUUAUUGUAUGUCUACGGUAGGCGACACACCGCGGUGGCUGAGCUGCAUUACUGUAAGAUCUAGCACACGUCACACUUAGGAGGUGCUCUUUUGUCAUUUGGUCAGCAUUUUGUCAUUUUCAGCUCUCUGAGCUUUGCCUUUUAUGGAGUUUUACGGAAGUCACUAAAUGUAAAUCAGCUGUUCUGGUCAUUUGGUGCUUGGCAUUUAUCGACAUACCCACCUGAGUAUGAAGAAAAUCAGUGUUACCUAAACUGUUCUAAAUCUGUCAAGAAUUGUUUAAACACGUUUACUAAAAGUUUGAUAAAUGACACCCAUUUCAUGUGCCAUAAACUUACUGUAUGUCUACUCUAAGCUUUCAAGUUGGCUAGUUGUCUCUCAGAAGAGAUGAUUGCUUAAUAAAAAAUACAAAAAAAAUGUGCAUGUGUCCUUAUUGAUCUUGAUGUUUUGUAAUGAAUCUAUUCUGUACACAUAAACCUUUGUCUUCACAUGUAAUUUAUAUUUUCCUAAUGAGGUUAACAUGCCAAAUUCAAUCAAGCCUUUACUAUUCAUUGCUAAAAAAAAUUAAGACAUUUUGCCAAAUAGAUAAAUAUAUACCAUUGGACUUUUUAGCAGACUACUUGCUGACUAAGGAAUGAUUUUAAUACUAGUUCAAUAGUUUACAUCAUCUUUGACAUAAUUGGUGUUUUCAAAACCAUUUACACGUUGAUCGAAUAGUCUAUACAUUGACUUAAGAUCUGGUUUGAUUGAAUUUGACCAUAAAUUGUAUGUUUGUUGUGUAGAUGUGGUAGAUAUAUGUACUGCAUUUCACAGAGAGAUGCAUAAUAUACCGAAUACAGUAGUCAUUGUGUAGUUAGUAAAAUACAAGUCCAUCAGUGGGAUGUUAAUGGAUUCUGUUUAAUGUGCAGUACAAACUGAGCAAUAUCUCUAUUGCUGUGAUACUGUGAAACUGCCAUACUGGUGAUGUGGAGGGGCACUUGCCAUAUUUCCUACAGCUUGUUGAGCAAUUUACAUCAUUGUUUCAUGCGUAGUGUUUUUUAUUUAUUUAUUUAUUUAUUUUUCGGACAUUAUUGUACUUCACGAUGAGUUUAUUUUCAUUUAUGAAAAGUUGUAUUCGUUUUUAACAGCUGCAUAACACUUGAUCACACUGUUGUGGCCAUUUUAACUAGUCACUGAUUUCAUUUGGUAGGUUUUUUUUUUUUUUAAGGUUAUUUAAUUAUUAUUUAUAUAUUAGUUUAACAUGUUUUAGUCUAUGCUGAGUUGAUGCUCUGUUAAUGUAUCAAUGCAGUAAUUAACACACUUUCACACAGCAGACUCACCCUUAUAAGUAUCAUGUUUGUGUUUGAAUUGCAUCUCUAAUAAAGACAUUGCUUAGGUUAA